AUGGGAUCAGUUCUGGGUUGUUUUUCCCGUUACUUUUCAGCAGCUCGCCUUUAAUCAUCAUCAUCUCGGCAGUGUGUGUGUGUGUGUGUGUGUGAGGCGCCGGAGUCAUGGGGAACCGGGGCAUGGAGGAGCUCAUCCCGCUCAUCAACAAGCUGCAGGACGCCUUCAGCUCCAUCGGACAGAGCUGUAACCUGGACCUGCCGCAGAUCGCCGUGGUGGGCGGACAGAGCGCCGGGAAGAGCUCCGUGCUCGAGAACUUCGUGGGCAGGGAUUUUCUCCCCCGAGGUUCUGGUAUUGUUACUCGUAGACCCCUUAUCCUUCAGUUGGUCAACCACAAAGCAGAAUAUGCCGAGUUCCUGCACUGUAAAGGUCGUAAGUUUGUGGACUUUGAUGAGGUGCGGCUGGAGAUCGAGGCCGAGACGGACCGCAUCACCGGCUCGAAUAAAGGAAUCUCACCCAUUCCCAUCAACCUCCGAGUGUACUCUCCUAACGUGCUGAACCUGACUCUGAUUGAUCUUCCUGGUAUGACCAAGGUUGCCGUUGGCGAUCAGCCACAGGAUAUCGAAUUCCAAAUAAGGGACAUGCUGCUGCAGUUCAUCACCCGGGACAGUUGUCUGAUCCUGGCUGUCACUCCUGCGAACACCGAUCUCGCCAACUCGGACGCGCUGAAGAUCGCCAAGGAGGUCGACCCCCAGGGUCUGCGCACCAUCGGCGUGAUCACCAAAUUGGACCUGAUGGACGAGGGGACGGACGCCCGAGAUAUCCUGGAGAACAAACUGCUGCCUUUGCGUAGAGGCUACAUCGGCGUGGUGAACCGCAGUCAGAAGGACAUCGAUGGGAGGAAGGACAUCCGCGCCGCUCUGGCCGCCGAGAGGAAGUUCUUUCUGUCUCACCCUGCGUACAGACACAUGGCCGAGAGGAUGGGGACGCCUUACCUGCAGAAAACACUCAACCAGCAACUGACCAACCACAUCCGCGACACGCUUCCCAGUCUGCGCAGUAAACUACAGAGCCAGCUGCUCUCUCUGGAGAAAGAGGUGGAGGAGUACAAGAACUUUAAACCUGACGACCCCACACGCAAAACUAAAGCCCUGCUGCAGAUGGUGCAGCAGUUCGCUGUGGACUUUGAGAAGAGGAUCGAGGGAUCUGGUGAUCAGGUGGACACUCUGGAACUUUCUGGAGGAGCUCGAAUCAACCGCAUCUUCCACGAGCGAUUCCCCUUCGAGCUCGUCAAGAUGGAGUUUGAUGAGAAAGAACUGAGAAGAGAAAUCAGCUACGCCAUUAAGAACAUUCACGGUGUGAGGACGGGCUUGUUCACCCCUGACCUGGCGUUCGAGGCCAUAGUGAAAAAGCAGAUCGUUAAGCUGAAGCAGCCAUGUCUCAAAUGCGUGGACCUGGUUGUGUCUGAGCUUUCUGCUCUCGCCCACAAGUGCACAGAGAAGCUGAGUUCAUAUCCCUGCCUGCGAGAGGAGACCGAGAGGAUCGUCACCACCUACAUCAGAGAGAGGGACAGCAAGACUAAAGACCAGGUAAUGCUGUUGAUCGACAUUGAGCUUGCCUACAUAAACACCAAUCACGAGGAUUUCAUUGGAUUUGCAAACGCGCAGCAGAGUUCCACGGUCACCAAGAAGAGAGCUGUUCCAAACCAGGUGAUCAGGAAGGGUUGGCUUACGAUUAACAUCAGCAUCAUGAAGGGUGGCUCGAGGGACUACUGGUUCGUCCUGACCGCUGAGUCACUCUCCUGGUACAAGGACGAGGAGGAGAAAGAGAAGAAGUACAUGCUCCCUUUGGACAACCUGAAGAUCAGAGAUGUAGAAAAAAGCUUCAUGUCCACCAAACACACCUUUGCCAUCUUUAACACUGAGCAGAGGAAUGUGUAUAAAGACCUGCGUCAGGUCGAGUUGGCCUGCGACUCUCAGGAGGACAUGGACAGCUGGAAGGCCUCGUUCCUGCGGGCAGGAGUGUAUCCCGAGAAAGACCAGGUGGAGAACGGUGAAGGAGCUCCAGUAGACACCAUCUCCAUGGACCCUCAGCUGGAGAGACAGGUCGAGACGAUCCGGAACCUGGUCGACUCCUACAUCGGCAUCGUCAACAAAAGCAUCAGGGACCUCAUGCCCAAGACCAUCAUGCACCUCAUGAUCAACAGUGCCAAAGACUUCAUCCACUCGGAGCUGCUGGCCUUCCUGUACUCGAGUGCGGAUCAGAGCGUGCUGAUGGAGGAGUGUGCCGAUCAGGCUCAGCACAGAGAGGACGUCUUGAGGAUGUACCACGCCCUUAAGGAGGCCCUCAGCAUCAUCAGUGACAUCAGCACCACCACCAUCUCCACCCCUCUGCCCCCACCCGUGGACAGUAACUGGAUUAAUUCAGAGGCCAGUCCUCCUGCUCAGAUGAAGCCUCCCAGCUCCGUCCCUCCUCCUGGUCGUCCUCCGGGGGGAAGGGGUCCCGCAGGUGGUCCUCCUGCAGGCUCUGCUCCUCCACCUCUGGCUCCUCCGAUUCCAUCUCGGCCCGGUCUCGAGUCAAGCUCCGCCCCUCCACCACAGAUCCCCUCUCGACCUGCCCGCGUGCCCCCUUCGGUACCACCUGGAAUCCCUAGCAGAAGACCUCCGGCAGCUCCCAACAGGCCGACCAUCAUCCGCACGUCUGAGCCGUCCCUGCUCGACUAAACGCGUCUAUACCAACGUUUUCUUUUCUACAUAAAAUAGAUGUCGUAUUUCGGGAAUAAACUCACAAACCGACUACACUAACUAACCCAUGCUAAUUUUCUAAGGACGACACCAACUACGAACCUAAUUUAUGUAAAAAUAAAUUAAGAAAAUGCAACAAAUAUCACUAACAAUUUAUUUGACUAAAGCAGGUUUUAAUCAUUGUGUUGUAGCUACAGUGUUUAAAACAAUAACAUUUCAUAGCGCAGUAUAAGAAUUCUGUAUUGAAAAACAUCUGCGAUUUAUGUUUAACUUCUUUUUUUUUUUUUAAACAUUUCAUGAACAACAGAUAUAACGUCAUAAUGUAACACGUAUUUAAGAAAAUCAUCACGUUUACAGAUUCUGUACAGAUAAUGUUUAGAAGUAACUCUAAGCUGAAAAGGUGCUAGGUUUCAUCUAACAAGGUUUGUGAUCAUAAUCAAUUGUGAUAUAUUUACUAACACAAUAAACCUCACUGAUCGCUAACAUGCUAACACGCUAACACUCUAACACGCUAACACUAAUUAGGGACCUAAACUGGAAAGUGUUUUGUUUUUUAAAAAGUGCCUUAACUACGACACUCCAUUCUGUUCAAGCGUCUCGCACGAACGCUCACGUUCAAUGUGCUUGUACGUAUAUAUACGCUUUUUUUUUACGUGCAUCGAUUAUAUGAUUUUACCACUAUAGAAGUGUGUGUGGGGGGAGGGGAGGGUAAUUUAGUGCAAAGAGCUGCAAGUAAAUUUGUCAAAGAGAUUGUGAUUUAAUUAACUACAAAUUUAGUUGAUAAUAGAAUCCGUUUUGUGACGGCUACGGAAAAUUGAUUUCUGUACGUUACAACUUUCAAACUUUCAGGAAUCAUUACAUGUUUAAAGUUGUAAUGUAAGAAUUUUGUAACAGUAAGAAUGAAAGAGGCGGGCCAUGAGUGUGAAUAUCUACAAAAAGCUUUUAAAAAUGUUUCUAUGAGUCGUGACGACGGAAUUGUAACAUCGUAACAUCACGCGAGCAUCGACUCUAAGCGAGUGUGUAAAACUUUGGAAAUGGAUUCGACUGCGAUCCGUUUUGACGUCACACGCAGUUACAGAAACACAGCUUUAUAAGCGGCGCUGGAUUUCAGCUUUGCGAUCGCUCAAAUCUUCCUGCUCACGUUAGUACAUUAGCUAGCUGUGUUUAUCACUACAACGGCUUAAUGCGUGUGUAUCUCUGCUCUCUGCCGUUAGUUACCCAGUUAUGGAGCUAGCUUAGUUUUUUAGUCAUACAGCAUUAAAGGCGAUAUUACGUUAUUUUAGUCUGCCUUAUUUUUCUUAUAUAUCAUCCUAUCAUUAUAAGUUAUAUUAUUAUUCAAUUCUGACGCUUUCUUGUGUAUGCAACUUUAAUUAUUCUUUUUUCAGUCUGAAUUCUUGAGUUUUUUUUUUUUUAUAUUUUGUAUUACAGCCGCCUGUGCCUUGUUGUUAUAAGUGCCUGCUUUAUAAUAAUGUUCCUCAAUAAUGCACAUACAUGCAACUCAAUAGAAAAUAAAUAAUAAUAGUAAUAAUAAUAAUAAAGGGAAUUACACUCA